GAGCUCAGCUCAAGUGAGCUUGUGUGCCUGCAGAUGCUGUGGUCACACCUCCUGAUGACAGGCAGUUUUAGCUUCUAUGUCCAGCCCAGGAACUUUCCCAAGGCCUGCAAAUCAUGAUCCAGAGACUACAACAAUAAAUAUCCAAAUGCAGUUCCCCUCGAAAGCCGGCAGUGGACCGAGCUGUCUGAGCCACCCAAGCUCUGUUGCGGGGUCUGCAUCUCCCCCUGGCUUUCCUAUCACCCCCUCGGCUGACCAACCAGGCCUGGGUCUCCCAAAAGAAAAGCACAGGAUCAGAGCUGAGAUCUGCCAUGUAGAAGUGAGGAAAAUUCUGACCAAGUAAAGAAUUCUUGCAGAAUAGCUGACCUUCUCAGACCAUGAACUACGUGGGGCAGCUGGCUGAGACAGUGCUCAUCACCGUGAAGGAGCUGUACAAGGGCUUGAACCCAGCCACCCUGACGGGAUGCAUCGAUGUCAUCGUGGUGAGGCAGCCGGACGGCUCUUUCCAGUGCUCACCUUUCCACGUGCGCUUUGGGAAGCUGGGAGUCCUGCGCUCCAGGGAGAAGGUGGUUGACAUAGAAAUCAACGGGGAGCCAGUGGACCUGCACAUGAAGCUGGGAGACAAUGGCGAGGCCUUCUUCGUUCAGGAGUCGGAAGGGAAUGAAGAGACAGUCCCCUUCUGUUUGUGCACCUCCCCCAUCCUUCUGGAAGAGAGCCCAGACCUCGUGGCCAAACCAUCCCCAGAGCUCAUGGAGUCUCAGCUCAGCCUGCUUGGAGAGCCAGAAGCAUCAGGCUCUGACACAACGUCCUUUCGUAAGAAAAGGCGGCGCAGGAAGAAGCCGAAGCAGAAGGAGGUGGAGGACUCUACUUCAGAAGAGCUGGAGGGGACUGACAGCGAAAGGACGCUCGAGGAAAAGCGCAAGCUGCUGAAUGCCUGUGAUUCGGUUUAUUUCUCCUUCACUGAUCUCCCAAGUGAGGAGCCUGGUGCUGUGCAAUCCAAAGAGAUCUACCACUAUUCUGAUGGGGAGCUGGCUCCAACGCAGAGCCUCGCCCCAAGCUGUCCGUCUUCUCCCAAAAGCGAUUCUGAACUGGAGAUCAAACCCUCUGAGCCACCCCCUCUUGGAGCUGAAACCCACAUGCAGUGGACUUGGGGGAGGCUCCCUCAGGUGAGUAAAUUGGAGCGAGUUGAACCAGUUAAGUCUACUUUGACCUUCACCACAACAACGACCAUCCCAGUGAGCCAAACGACCCACUUCCAAGCCAUCACGGCAGGUUUGGAAGGUGACUGGAGAACAGCAGACUGCCAGGAUCCAUCCUGUUCCUCCACCACACCUAUAAUUAGGCCUACACCUCUCUUCCAAAAUGGGAAUGGCCCCCAUGAGCUGACAGAGCCCCCCUCAGCAGAAUCCACAGCUGUGGCUGGGGGUGUGCCAGAAACCGUCUUGCCCCCACAAGGAGAGCAGACCGCACAGGAACAGCCAGUGGGAAGGGCCAAGGAAGAAGAGAACACUGUGAAGAGCCAGCAAUUCCUCAAGCCGGAGCCCUCUUGUGUGCAGGCAGCCCCUACCCCAAGAUGGGCUGGGUCAGAGAGCGUGGAACCCAGUGAUAGCCCAGAAACCCAACUGGAGAGCCCGAGGAGGCCAGGCUCCAUAAAGAGAAGUCCUCACCUGGGUCCCAGCGACAUUUACUUGGAGGACCUCACCAAUCUGGACGAGGAGCAGGCAGCCCUUUAUUUCCCCAAAAGUGAUGUGGAACCAGGUUCAAAGCCCUCAGCAGAUCCCAGCAGCCUGGGCCCUACCCAGCCGCUGGCUGGUCCUACAACUGAUGGAGGCAUCGAUACCUUAAUGGACCCCACUCAUGACCUGUUGCACCCCAUUGCGUUAUCCCUUUGUGGUGGUCUCGGAGACAGCAGCAGAAUCUUGCACAAGAAGUUCAUGGAGCACACAGUCUCCUACCAUGAGUUCGCUGAGAACCCAGAAGUCCUUGAUGACCCAAACUUGGUGAUAAAGAUCCACAAGAAGUACUAUAACUGGGCAGUGGCUGCCCCCAUGAUCCUCUCCUUACAGGCAUUCCAGAAGAACAUCCCUGAGAGCACCAUUGACCGGUUGGUGAAGGAGAAAAUGCCCAAGAAGAGCGGCAGGUGGUGGUUUUCCUGGAGGAGGAAAGACUUGGCUGCUGAGGAGCAUGAACCCAGCACAAGAGACCUACAGCAGGGCCCUACACCAGAGAGGGGGAAGACGGAUCCUUUGUCCAGUGACAACUCCAUAUCCCCAGUGUCAAGACCCGAUGCCACCUACAAGAAAUCACUGCGGCUCUCUUCAGAUCAGAUUAAGAGACUGAACCUUCAGGAUGGCCCCAAUGAGGUGGUGUUCAGUGUGACCACUCAGUACCAGGGCACAUGUCGCUGCGAGGCCACCAUCUACCUGUGGAACUGGGAUGACAAGGUGGUGAUCUCUGAUAUCGAUGGGACCAUCACUAAAUCUGACGCCUUGGGUCACAUUUUGCCACAACUGGGAAAAGACUGGACCCAUCAGGGCAUUGCCAAACUCUUCCAUAAAAUUCACCUGAAUGGCUACAAGUUCCUGUACUGUUCAUCCCGGGCCAUUGGCAUGGCGCACAUCACCAAAGGGUACCUGAAAUGGGUCAAUGACCAGGGCUGUGCCCUCCCCAAGGGACCCAUCCUGCUGGCCCCCAGCAGCCUCUUCUCAGCCUUUCACAGGGAGGUGAUAGAGAAGAAGCCAGAGGUGUUCAAAAUCGCCUGUUUAACAGACAUCCGGAACCUGUUUGGUGCCAGGAGUCAGCCUUUCCAUGCCGCCUUUGGGAACAGAGUCAAUGAUGUCGAUGCCUACAAGCAAGUGGGGUUGUCAGAGUCCCGUAUAUUCACAGUCAACCCAAAGGGGGAACUGAUCCUGGAGCUCCUCAAAAACCAGAAAUCCACGUACGAGCGGUUGACUGAGCUGGUGGAGCUGAUCUUCCCCCCGCUAGGUCUUGAUGCUCGUGUUACUUUGCUGUGGCCAGAGUACAGCCAGUUCUCCUACUGGAGGGCUCCGCUGCCGCUCAUCGACAUGGAAGAUCUUGCCUGACCCUCUCUCCCCCCAGCCCCCAAACAGACCUGGUGAAGGGGCACAAGCUGCCAGGCCGUGAUACAGCAGCCAUCUGCCUGUGCUGCUGCUGCUGCUUGGGACUGUCAUUUAAUAAACACUGAACAUGUU